AUGCACGACAUCGACAUGCUCUGUAAAUCCUAUCGUACUGGCUGGGAUCUGGAGAUCACCUCAGACUUCCUCGAUAUGGUCAUGGAUCGAUUGGUUGAGUAUGUAACCACAGAUGGUCUUCUCUCGGACGGAAACAUCACGGAUGAUACCAAUUCAGGCGACGUCUAUCACUUACUUCUCGAUACCUUCGCUGUGGGAUCUCCUGGCCGCCGUUUCAUCGUUGACUGGCUGCUCCAUAGUGAGCUUGACCAAGACGAGGCUACGGAUCGCAUACUAGAUUUCAUGAAGCAGGAUCGUGUUCUCAGCCGAAAGAUCUUCUUCGAGCGUUGUCUGAGUCGGCGCCCUGAGCGGGCACCAUGGGAGACUGAUUUUUGCGCCUAUCAUUUGCAUCUCGACAACGAACCAACUUGCCACGAGCGUAGAGCGCAGGUUCAAGGACAGACUCAGCUACUCGAGGACGAGGGAUGA